AUGAAGUCCUCCGUCUCGGUCCUCUACCCAAACGAGUCCGUCUCGCGCAACGUGACGACGUAUUCCGAGUCCCGCUCCACCGACCUGCCCGCGCACAUCGUCGCCUACCACGACCACAUUGACAAGACGCAGCCCGAGACGUCCAUGUUGAUGAUUAGCAACUUCCAGGCGCAGAACCACAUUUGGAUCGCGAAGCUAAUUGGAGCCAAGAGGGUCCUCGAAAUCGGUGUCUACGUCGGCUACUCCGGCAUGGUCUGGUCCCACGCCGUGGGCCCGGAAGGCACCGUCACCGGCCUCGAGUUCAGCCCCGACUACGCAAAGCAAGCCGAGGAGGCCUGGGCCGCCAACGGCAUCAAGAACGCGUCCGUCAUCGUUGGCGAUGCUCUGGAGACCCUGCCCACACUUAACCCCUCAGAACCCUACGACCUCAUCUUCAUCGACGCCCAAAAGUCGGGCUACCCAUCCUACCUCGCCACCAUCCUCUCCGCCUCCUCGCCCGGCAUCGAGAACCGUCUCCUUCGCCCAGGGGGUCUCAUCGUCGCCGACAACGUCCUCCGCCGCGGCAUCGUCGCCGACGACUCGGACUCGAACCCGUGGGUCCAGCGCGAAAAGGGCGAGCGCGCGGCCUACUGGCGCUCCGAGGACGUUGAUAAGCUGCGCGAGUUCAACAGCGCCGUCCACGACGAGCCGAGGUUGGAUUCUUGGCUGAUGCCGCUUUAUGAUGGCGUUCAUCUCGCUAGGCUGGUCGAUUAG